GUCUCUUUAAAAAAAAGUCUUUCGGAAUUUAUUACUUUUGUUUCGGAAUUAAAAAGUUUGAAAUUCCAAUUUUUAUAAUUAAAAAAAAAUGCUUGGAUAUUCACCUUUUAUGAUAAGUAAUGAAAACAAUGAUAACACACCACAAUUUAAUUUUAUUAUCGGUAUCACUAUAGCAAUAUCAACUUCUUUUAUUCAAUCACUUGGUCUUACAAUUCAAAGAAAAUCUCAUGUAUUAAAUGAAAACAUUCAUCCAAAAGAACUUAGAAGAUCCGCAUGUAGAAGACCAUUAUGGCAUUUGGGUUUCGAUACUUACAUAAUUUCAAAUAUAGUUGGAAGUGUAUUCUCAAUUGGUUAUCUUCCAAUAAUUAUUUUGGCCCCUUUAGGGGCUGUAACCUUGGUCUUUAAUGCAAUAUUUGCAAAAUUACUUUUGGGUGAUAUAUUUAAUAGGCAAACCAUAAUAGGGACAAUUUUUAUUAUAAUUGGAGCGAUAAUGAUUGCAGUAUUUGGAGUUGUCAAUGAACCAAAACAUACGUUAGAAGAUUUGAUUGAAUUAUAUAAACGUCCAGGUUUCAUAGCAUAUUUUUCCAUAAUUGAAUUUGUGGUUAUCGUUAUUGUAAUAGCAAAUAAAUAUGGUGAUUAUGUAUUGGAUCGUAUGAAUCAAAUUGAACGUGAUCCUAUAUUUGGAUGGCCCAUGAAAAAAUUUCAAACUUUUCUUGGAAUUUCAUACGGAUGUGUUGGUGGUAUGAUAUCCAGUCAAGGUUUAAUAUUUGCUAAGAGCGGCGUUGAAUUAUUACUAUUAACUAUUUAUGGCAAUAAUCAAUUUAAUCGACCUUUAAGUUGGAUUAUCGUAGCAGGAAUGGCUAUUGCUGGUGUAUUACAGCUUUAUUUUCUUAACAAAGGACUCAGGAUGUGUGAUACGGUCAUUCUAAUUCCUCUUUCAUUUUGCGCAUUUAAUGCCUCCACAAUAUUUAAUGGUCUUGUAUAUUAUAAUCAAUGGAAUAGGUUAUAUGGAUGGCAAAUAUUUCUUGUAAUAUUAGGUAUUUUUAUAUUAUUAUCUGGUGUACUUGUAUUAUCAUGGAAAAGAAGUACGGCACCAGAAGAAGAUUUAUUAACUGGUGAAGAUAGAAGAUUAUUGGGACAAGAUGUUGAAGGAUUAACUGAACUUUAUGAUGAUGAUGAUUUUGGUGAUUUUGAAGACAAUAUAGAUCUGGAUAGUUCUGAAUAUCGACUUUCUUUCGAGGGUAAUUCAUCUACCACUACGGGAAUGUUUACAUUUGAAGAGAUGAUAGAUGAUGAUGAUGAUGCGGAUGAAAAAACAUCUUUAUUGGGUAAGAGAAGUAUCGGUACCAGAAGUACCAGAAGUAACAAAAGUAACAUGAGUAAUAAUAGAUUAAUACAUGAUAAUUAUGGUAUAUGAUAUUAAAUAUAUACUAAUUUGUGUAAAAAUAGAGUAGUUUUUUUGAUGUUUAUUAUUAUUAAUUUUUUUUUUUAAAAAAAAAACACCUAAUUUUUUUAGUAAAAAAUUAUUUUUAGUUUUUAUUUUUUUUUGAAUCAAUACACGGAGUAUACGGAGGUACCCCUGAUUAUAACAUGGGAGGUUUGGGGAGAUCAAAAAAUUUAUCGAUAUUCAAAUGGGAAUAUUUGAGAAUUUUAUAAUUGAUUACCAUUAUCUAUAUUGUAUUAUAUUAAGUUAGGAAUCUUUAAAAGGAUCAUGAAACGAUGAUGUUGUACAAUUAUUAAGGAUGAAUUUCUUGAAAAAUUCAAAAAAAUCUGAAUAAAUUCAAAAUCAGAAGAAAUCAAAAAAAAAAUCCGAGAAAUUA